AUGCUGCCCCCUCCCCCGGCCCACAGCGAGGGCAGCGUGUGGGGCAGCCGCCGGGGCAGGUGUGGCUGUGUGGCGUGCGGGGCGGGGCUGCUGUUGUGGAACGUGGGCGUGGCCCUGGUGUGUGUCCUGGUCCUGGUGGCCGUGUUCACUCUGGUCCUGCUGCCCGCCUCGCUGCUGCUCUAUGUGGGCUUCCUCUGCCACUCACGGGUGAGUAGUGGGCUGCUCAUAGUGCUACUCAAAGUCUCUAACACAACCUUUGACCAUCAGAAUAAUGUGGUAGGAUUUUAUCGCCGAAUUGAGGUCAUAAUGCUUAGCUUGCUAGCUUUCUCUGAUUAGCUUAGCAUGUUGCUGCAAGUUUGCUACAUUUUACUCUUUGCUUCAAGUCAGGACACCAGUUGUAUCUUAGAGAUAUUGUCACAUUUGUCUGACUACUGUAACACAAUAAUGAUUUCAAAACGUUACAACUUGUAACUCAAAGUUUUAUUUACAAGAUUCUCAGUUCAAACCUCCGCCAUGUUUUCAAAAGUUAUGCAUCUGUUAAACUCCGCCCAUUGACCUUUUAGAAACCAAUCAGAUUCUUUCUGCCCUUAGAACGAAGUUGACUACACUUUAUGUCAACAUGCGUUACGCAUGGCAACCCUUAAUAAACCAGUAAAUAACAGCUUAUUUGCAUUUGGAACCAGCUAAAAUAACAUAAUAAUAAGAUCCCCACUAGUGGAUAACUGUCUGCCGUGCUCCAACAUGAAAGUGUUUCAACAUGAAUUUACAUGAAAGAUUCCCUUCUGCUCCACCCUAACCCAACACUGUAAACGUAUACCGGGCUUGCCCAAGUAUCUAAAGAGUGGGAGGACUCAGUUCUUGUCGUGCAUAGCACAGACACAGAGAACACCCUGGACCAGAGGCAAACAAACACACUCAGGGUGGGACAGGAUGUCGAUUUUCAAGUAUCUGUCCAAGUGGGAGUAUGUACUGUAGAUUAUGAAGAGUAGGGGGGCAAGCGCAGAACCCUGUGGCACACCCUGUGUUUCUUCAGCAGUACAUGGCACAGGCACAGGGAACACCUAGGGGCAGACAGACACACCCCUACAUUUCUGGGUAAGAUAGGACUUCCCUGCCAACCCCUAUCAGCCUCACCGUUCUUUAGACAUCACCCGGAAGCUGACAUCACUUCAUUGGCCUAUAGGCAACAUUAAAGUGAGAGUUCACUUUAAAAUCAAAGUUAGUGCAGAGCUCAUAAAGUGCAUGGUUUAAUGUCUAGAUGAGACCACAUCCCAUGCCAUCUCUUAUGUAGAUCCGGCUAUAUUCCUUAAUCCCAAAUGAAUGGGAAAGGUAGGCAUAGACAACAGAUGGCCUGGAUGCAUCUUGGCAUUAGAACACUUUUUAGGUCUUAAAGCGCCUGACAAACUUUGAUUUUGGAGUGAACUAUCAUUUUAGUAACACAGAUGGACUGUCUAGAACACUCUGGACUACAACAUGAUUAUGAUGUGCUGAGAAGCAAACUUUGUUUUUGGAGUGAACUGUCAUGUUAAGACCACCUUUAAGAACAGGUGGACUGUCUAAAACAGGAUUAUUAUGUGCAUUCUGAGUCAGUCAGUAAACGCUAUCACUCUCAUAAUGAUCCUAAAGUGUCCUCUAAGAUCUACAGCUGUUGUCCUUGUCGAAGAGUAGACCCCCAAAUCACCCUUUCACAGCGCUCAGUGGACUUGCUUGUCUCCAUUAUCGAUGUUACAGUGAAAUGUGGCUCUGUACUAAGUUGUAUUUUGUCAACUUUUCACAGGCGUUUGCUAACUUUUUAGAUAUUUGGCAGAAUUUUGUAUAAUGAUCACACUGAUUUCUCUUUCUUUGGAAAGUUGGCAUUUAAUGAAAUCAAUAGCAAUCCUAAAUAUCGUAAAACAUCUUGAAGACACUGUAUUUUCAAGGCAUUUUCAUUUUCACGGCUUCAUUAGUGAUGGCUGGGGAGGGUGUACCGUUAUACAGAAUGUGAGUGGUAUUUGUAAUGUGUAGCUUAAUGGUAUGUUGUGAACAGUACUAUAUAGAAGACAACAGGUGCCAGUAUAGACCCUUGCUGUCUGCCAGUUGGGGAUGUCAAUCAACAGUUUGUCUUGGAAAAGUGAUGGAUGGGACAGUGAGAGAGGAUAUCCAUGAGAAGACCUGAUUGUUGAAAUUUGUGAGUUAGUCCCCAGCUGGGCUCAGGCCUAUACAGACAAGACAGAAAGAGUGAAGAGGAGAAAAUGUGUGUUUGUGUGUAUGCGUGUGUAGAUGAGUGUGUACUUGUAGUUGAUGAUGGGCUCGAGGUUGCAGAGCUCAGUUGAGGUGGGUGGGGAAAUUCCUCUUGAAAAUGCUGACAAUUAGAGAAUUCUAUGCCAGAGAGUUCUUAUAGAAUGUAGCCCUAAUGAGACAACACUGAGUGUUUGAGUGUUUGUGUACUCCUAUGUUGGUGUUUUUGUGAAUUUUUGAGUAUCUGUCUGUUUGUGUGUGCGCGCGUCUGUCUGCCUGUGCAUGUCCCUCUCUGUGUAUCUGUAUCCCUCCCUCCUCUUCCCUCUUGCUGACAGUGUGUGUAUAUAGUAUGUCACCCAUUAGCAUUGCUCACAGGUUUUAAAUAAAGUCUAGCAAGCAGAGCAGGGGCUCCACUCUUAUCUCUAUCUGUCUCUCUCCGUCUCUCUCCAUCUUCCUCCGUCUCUCUCUCUCUCUCUCUCUCUCUUUCUGUGGCGCUCACAGGUGAUUGACAGCUUAGGGGUUUUAUUGGAAGCUCUAGGCUGCCUCUUAUCUGAACAGUGAAGGGGCACUGGGAAAGAGUCUGUCACACCCCACUACCUUCCCUCAUAUGAUCCCCCUCUCUUGCACACGCUCGCACACACACAGUUCCCUCCCCCUCAGUUCUGUUCAGUUAAAGAUAAAGCACCAACAUUUGCUUCACUAACAAAAACAACUCAGAAACGCGUACUAUAUCAAUAUAAUUGUCCUUAUCUCUGGAGUCUGUUUCUGUCUGAAUGUUACAUUAGUCUGCCUCUCCACCCCCGCAGGUCCUAGACUCCCCCUCUCCUAUCUGCCGUUACCUCGACGACAACAGCUGUUCUGCCCUAAUUAUCCUGGGCUUCGUGAUGAUGUCACCGCUGGUGGUGGUGGCGGCAGCCAUCUUCUGUGGGCUGCUCCGGAGGCUGCGACUCCUCCUGCUGUUUCUGCCAAUCACAUGUGCCUGGUACCGUGGACAGGGCUUGGACUGGGGAGGCGACGUCCGUGCCUGGGUCUGAUUGGACCAACGUGCUAAUAAACCUGUUGUCAAAAAGUUAAAUAGGUCAACGGUCAAGAGAGAAUCCAGUCCUGGAGAAUCGCUGUGUCACCUAAUGUAUUUAGUGUCCUAUUAAACUGUAGUGAAUGUCAUACAAUCAAGUGGAUACAACGUGAACCAGUCCAAUUAUUUAAAAACCGAGCUUGACAUGUGUAAAAGGCAGUGGUUAGGGGAGUAUUGCUAGUCAGAGAGGAGACAGUGGAGGUAAUGGUGGGAUAUGCUAGCAGUUGUUCUCUGUGGAUUUGUACUGGUUAUGUAUAGUUAUAUUUUUCUGUUAUCAAUUAUCUGUUAACUUAUAUGGUUGUGAACAUGAUGUAGCAGAAAAACGAAACAGUAUUGUAUAAACUGUCACUCAAAUGUCUAGAAUGGAAGGAAAAUAUGUUUACAAACUUACUUCUUUUGACAGAUGUUGUUCAUUCUAUUGAUUUCAUUAUUUUCACCAUCUGGGUUAAAGGGCAAUUCUGCCACUUGUCAACCUCAUAUUCAUUAUCUUCAGCACCGAACCAUUGUCUAAAUUCAAUC